AUCCAGUACAGUGCACAGAAUGUAAUGCAUUUUUACCAGAAACAUAGCUGUUGAGCAGCCUCCCCACAAAAUUUGUUCAUGCUAAUCUAUGGCCAUUUGACCUGUCAGGUCCAUUUGUAUAACCUGAGGCACUUAAAUUUGUGGGAUUUUUUACCACCCGUUGCAAUGCUGAUUGCCAGGCUGUGCAUGGCGAGAGGCUAAGCCAAUAGAACGCUGGGGAGAGGCAGUGUCUACAGGCAGUGAACUUAAGUCAGGAGUGUAGUGGCAUGAAGAAAGUACUUGACAUCUCUCCCACUGAUGUGACCAAAUGCAAAGGACAGCUGCCACCACUAUCAGUGCACCUUUCAUGUAGCUCCCUUUUUCUCAGCAUGACACUAUGCAGGAUGGCUUUUGCUUCUUCGUGCCCCAGUGCCCAUGCUUAUGUUCCGUCAUCUUAGCCAUGAAGUGUAUGAGAUAAGAUUCAGGAAAGCAAGCUGUGGUCAACUGUAAUGGUUGAAUUUAAAAGAAAGGAUAAUUCUUGCUGGUCUCUUAUGUGUGUGGAGGUGUAUAUGGGCAUGCCACUGUCAAACAAGUUUGGGAGAAAAGGAAGAUUUAGAAAAUAGGAAAUAUUAAUGAAUUGUCUGCUUGAUCCAGCCUUGGUUGAGAAGUUUCAGAGAUAGGCACUGGCCAACAGGAGUUCAAGGGAAUGGCUGACUCUGAAGACCUGAGCAAGCCACACUUGAAGAAGCAUGCCCAGCAUACAGGCCAAUAUACAGGCACCAGUCAGAUCAAGAGAUGCUCAGUGGUGCUCACACCCUUGCCAGCAUCCAUGUGUCUAAAGGUGUGUUGUACUCUUGUGGCAGGCAUUUUGUGUGGAAUACUUCACACUUUUAGGAGACUGCACCACAGAGAAGCAGUGCUACCUGCUGCCGAAAUGGGCAAAAAGCAACACAUCUUUGUGAUCGUCCACCUUUGCCACCAUAUAACUUUCCAGGAUUCAAAAGCCAGGAAAUCUGUGGACCAUAUGAAGUGAUGACUGGGAGUUACCAGUCACUGGCUCAUGGUGGAGAUGCUGAUACUAAGGAUACUACGGAUACUACGCAGUUCAUGUGUGGUUUUGAAAUAUCAACAAUCCACAGACCAUCAGUUUUAGGUCCUGAUGUCGCGCCUGAUGUCAAGCCAGAUCUGCUGACAUUGUCACCUUCACAAGUGGAUGUCUUGAGUGCUGUCGAUGGCUCGGCUGGGGUAUUAGACGCUCCUCAUGAUAUCGAGCCUGAUCCUUUGGCAUUGUCGGCUUCAGAUGAGGAUCUACUGAAGGCAGCUAAUGGCUUCUCAUCUCGCACGGCAGAUACUGUUCUCUUGUGUUGUGAAUACUGCAAGUUCGAACGUUCCGAUCAAGAUGGUGUCUCUGAGCAAGUAAAAUGCCAGCACCAAGACACGCUUAGCUCGGCCUUUCCGGAUGAACGCAACGUUUCAAACAAACACUGCGUUCAGAGUCAGAGUGAAAAGUCUGACCGCUCGAUGAAGUCAACAUUUUGCGACACUUUGUUCGAGCGAAGCGAUACCCUCGCGUUGGAUGUUCGGAUCCACACAGGCCAAAAGCCGACUGAUCACGGUAACCACGCCGACAGCAAGCCGCUCAUGUGUAAAGUCUGUGGGAAGGUAUUGGGAUGCCGUUGUAUUUUGGCCGAACGCAGUCGGACGCACACUGGUGAAAAGCUUUCCAAUUGCGAGAUCUGUGGAAAGGCGUUCAGUCGGCAUGGCAAUCUCGCUAACCACCUCCGGACUCACACAGGUGAGAAACCGCUCAGUCGUGAGGCCUCUGGGAAAGCGCUCGGUCAACAUGGGGGCCGCACUCACCACCUUCGCGCUGGCACAGGUGAAAAACCGUUCAGGUGUGAGGUCUGUGAGGGAGCGUUCCGUUUCCAUGGGAACCUUACUCGCCACCUCCGGACUCACAAACGCAAAAAACCGUUGAGUUGUGAGUUCUGCGGGAAAACGUUCAAUCAUCGUGGGAGCCUCACUCGCCAUCUCCGGACUCACACAGGUGAAACACCAUUUAGUUGCGAGGUCUGUGGGAAAUCGUUUAAUCGACGUUGGUGCCUCACUCACCACCUCCGGACUCACACAGGUGAAAAACCGUUCAGUUGCAAGGUCUGUGGGAACACGUUCAGUCAACAAGGGAGCCUCACUCGUCACCUGCGGACUCACACAGGUGAAAAACCGUUCGGUUGUGAGGUCUGUGGCAGAGCGUUCGGUUACCGUGGGGAGCUCACUUGCCAUCUGCGAACUCACUCAGGUGAGAGACCAUUUAGUUGUGAGGUCUGUGGGAAAUCGUUCAGUCGAUAUUGGUACCUUCCUUACCACCUCCGGACUCACACAGGUGAAAAACCGUUCGGUUGUAAGGUCUGUGGGAAAGCGUUCAGUCAGCAAGGGAGCCUUACUCGCCACCUCAGGAUUCACACAGGUGACAAACCUUUCAGUUGUGAGGUCUGUGGGAAGGCCUUCAAUCAGGUAUGGAUCCUAACAAGACAUCUUGGAACACACCGCUGAGAAACCGAUGAGUUGUCAUGUCUGUGUGAAGGCGUUCAGUACCCAUGGAAACCUUAUGAUGCACAUUCGAAGACAUGCCAGCUAGAAAAUGGUGGAGCUUUACGGUGCACGUCAGUUCCCAUUGGUGAAAAAUUAUCUAGCUAUCAUAACGCGCGAUUUGAUAUACGGCCAGCGUAACCCCUGGAAUGUAUCACCAAAUCAACUUCUGAACGGCACAAUAUAGCCGGCUAAAAUUUUCUACACUUGUAGUAAACUGAAUAGCCGAUUUUUGGGUGCCGAAAAUUUAGUCGCACUUUGUAAGGUCGCUUCCCUGACAGGUCAAAGUAAGGCUGCGGACGUUAUGGAACACAGCUCCCUGGGAAUCGUUUUAUCCUAUGCAACAGCGGAGUGUUAAACGACAGCGUACAUCUCAGACGGUUUUGUUGAAUACUGUAACUGAAUUUGGAUUACGACUUAUUCCAUUGGCCUUAGAUCAGAUAAGGUCGGGUGCGAGGCGAAAACCAGUUUCGUUUUUUUAUUUUUCGAGUUUUUUAUUACAGGAAGGCGAUUAAAGAUGUUGACCAUUACCAGGUCUGGAAAGUCACUGACCUGGAAUGAUCCCACUCAAACUUGUUUUUAGGAGCAUACCUCGUAGCCUAAUCGUUGAUGCUACUUGAUAUUUAAAAGUCAAAAGACGAUUGCAAGCUUCUGUUUACUUAUUUUGUAAAGGACGAAUAAAUGUAUUGACUUGGAAAUAGCAUUCCAUUUUUGCCAGCAAAAUUAUCCAGGUUGAAAGUAGUAACAUGGGGAGGUCUGAGAGAACUUUCGACACCGCUAAUGAGUUUCGCCUUUUUAACCUUAUCAUGCAGGCCCUAUCUGUGUGGGGGAAUUUAGUACCUCAUUCCCUUAGUUAUUGUGGUUUCAGCGGGCAAAUCGACCCCUCCCCCACCGAAAUGACGUCUUUUUGACGUCAUUCUAGCCGCACUAGGGUCAUUGACGGAAAACUUGUUGCUACGAGUGAUAUGCACGCUCACAUUCGUGUCCACUUAUUUUAGAACGCUGCCCGUGGAGCUUGUCAUAACGUAUGUCUGUGGAAAGUUUCGAUCUCGGUGACGUGAAGGACGUAGAUAUUGUGAAAUAUGUGGAUGCAGUGAAGUAUGGAGUCAUUUUGAAAUAUAUAGGUAUUGUGAAUUA